UUCAGACAACAGAUGGGAGAGUUCCCAUAACUGUCAAUUUUCUUGAUAUUUGCAUAGUAAACAGAGGAGGUGCCAUCUGAUUGAUAUUUCAAUGCUGUAUAUAAAGUGGAGGAAUUCCUCUCCCCCUCUGCUCUCUGUCUGAUCUUCAUCUCUCUAGUGUGUCCACCUGGCUGCUGGUAAACUGGUGUUUUAUUUUGUGGAAGGUUCAAAACUCUUUGGGAAUAAAGAGUUUUUGAUAAAAUGCCCGAACCAACCAAGAAAACGGGCUCUACUUUCACUGAACAACAAAAGACUGUUCAUGUAGCAGGUGGAAGCAGAACGGAGAUCACAACCCAGACCGUCAAGACUGGGGUCCAAGUCAAAUGGCAGCAGGAUGGAAAAACAGAAAAGACAGUCAGCCAAACAGAGCACACAAAGCGCACAGUAAUGGUAGAUAAUAAAGUCACCCAUCAAGAAGAGUUUUCCGUUGUGAGUGGAGACUCCAAAGUAAAAGGCGGCCUAAAAGAAGAGGGGAAACUUAAAGAAAGCCAUGUAAUCCCACCACCUCCUGGAGCAGCAGAGGAAAUCAAACCUCAUGAUGAAGUCCCUGAGAAAGAGAAAGCAGAGGAAAUCAAACCUCAUGAUGAAGUUCCCGAGAAGGAGAAAGAGCAAAGUAAGCCCACUGAUGUUGAGUCUGGGAAAGAAACAGAUCAAAGUAAACCUAAAGAUGUUGACGCUGAAAAGGCAAAAGCAGAGCAAAACAAACCUAAAGAUGUUGCCCCUGAAAAGGCUAAAGCAGAGCAAAGCAAACCCAAUGAUGUUGCCCCUGAAAAGGCUAAAGGCAUAGAAGACAGUGAUGUCACAUCGUCUUCAGAAGAUGAAGAUGAAUCUUCUUCAACUAGUACUCCUCCUCCAGAUGAUUCACGUUCUUCGGACAGAAAAGGCGCUGCUUGGUCUCAUGGAGAAGGACAACCAGAUGAUGCAAACAAGCAGGAUACUUUAUUUAUUGAGAAGCCUAAUAGUGGAACUGUAAGUGUGGGAGGUGAUAUAAAGUUUGUUGCAAAAGUGGAGGCAAAGGAUCUUCUGCGUAGACCAGUUGUAAAAUGGUUAAAAGGAAAAUGGAUGGACUUGGCAAGCAAAGCUGGAAAACAUCUUCAGCUGAAAGACACCUUUGAUCGUAUUAACAAGACAUAUACAUUUGAAAUGCAAAUCAUAAAAGCAAAAGAGAACUACGCUGGGAACUACAGAUGUGAAGUGACCUACAAAGAUAAAUUUGACAGUUGCUCAUUUGAUCUUGAAGUCAUUGCCUCUUCUGACGCAUCCCAAGCUCUAGACAUCCGAUCUGCUUUCAAAAGAAGCGGUGAAGGACAAGAAGAUGCAGGAGAACUUGACUUUAGUGGUCUCCUGAAACGUAGAGAGGUUAAACCUGAAGAGGGUCCAGAGAUAGAUGUCUGGGAGAUCCUGAAAAAUGCAAGUCCCAAUGAGUAUGAGAAGAUUGCAUUUCAAUAUGGCAUCACUGACCUAAGGGGCAUGCUAAAGAGGCUGAAACGUAUGCGCCGGGAAGAAAAGAAGAGUGCAGCAUUUUCCAAGAAAUUAGACCCUGCUUAUCAGAUUGACAAAGGAGGACGAGUGAGGUUUGUGGUUGAACUUGCUGAUCCAACAGUUGAACUCAAGUGGUAUAAAAAUGGUCAAGAAAUCCGUCCAAGUGCUAAAUACAUAUUUGAGCACAAGGGAAAUGAAAGGAUAUUAUUUAUCAAUAACUGCACAUUGGCUGAUGAUGCUGCUUAUCAAGUGUGCGCUGGAGACGAAAAGUGCUCAACUGAGCUGUUUGUCAGAGAGCCACCCAUCCUGGUUACAAAAGAACUGGAAAAUAUUAGCACGUACUGUGGAGAAAGAGUAGAAAUGGAAUGUGAAGUAUCUGAUGCAGAGGCAAAUGUGAAAUGGUUUAAAAAUGGUGUGGAGAUCACCAACGAGCCUAGAUCAAGAUACAGGCUGAAGGUGGAUGGUAAAAAGCACAUACUGAUUAUAGAUGAGGCAGACCGAGGAGAUUCAGCCACCUAUUCUGUGAUGACCACAGGAGGUCAAUCAGCAGCACAACUCCAAGUGGACCUGCGACCACUGAAGAUAUUACAGCCUCUGACUGAUAUGACUGUGAAUCUUGGCAAGGAAAUCCAUCUGAAGUGUGAAAUCUCUGAGGUUGUGCCUGGAAGAUGGUACAGAAAUGGGCAGCUCGUCCAUGGUGGUGAACGUGUGAAAAUAUUUCAUAAGGGAAGGACUCACAGAUUAGUAAUACCACAUUGUCUAGUGGAAGAUGAAGGGGACUAUGCGUUCGUUCCAGAUCUUUAUUUAAUCAAUAUUCCAGCCAAUGUACAUGUUAUCGAUCCUCCAAAAAUCCAUUUUGAUACUCUGAAUUACCCUGAUAACACUGUGGUGGUUGUAGCAGGAACAAAGCUGAGGCUUGAGGUGCCUGUAACUGGAGAACCGGCGCCUAAAAUUAUUUGGAGCAGAGGAGACAAGUGGAUCACAGAUCUGAGCGGUCGUAUCAGGGCAGAGUCAUACUCUGAUCAUGGGCUCCUAGUCAUUGACUCUGCAGAGAAAGACGAUACCGGAGUAUAUAGGAUGAUGGUAAAAAAUGAAGCUGGAGAAGCUGUAGCUCACAUCAAAAUUAAGGUUGUUGACAUCCCGGAUGCCCCCUUAGCUCCAGAUGUAACAGAGGUCGGGGAGGAUUGGUGCACUAUGAAAUGGGACCCACCAUUAUAUGAUGGAGGAUGCCCACUUCUGGGAUACUUUAUUGAAAGAAAGAAGAAACAGAGCUCCAGAUGGAUGAGGCUGAAUUUUGAACUAUGUAAAGAAACAAACUUUGAACCCAAAAAAAUGAUUGAAGGUGUUGCUUAUGAAGUCCGGAUCUUUGCUGUCAACUCUAUAGGAAUUUCUAAACCAAGCAUGCCCUCCAAGCCCUUUGUUCCACUGGCUGUCACAAGUGCUCCCACUAUGCUAACAGUAGAUGGAGUAACUGACAACACAGUGACAAUGAAAUGGCGUCCCCCGGACCACAUUGGCGCUGCAGGUUUGGAUGGCUAUGUCAUUGAGUACUGUUUUGAAGGCGGAGCAGAUGACAAGCAGGAGAAGCCCAAAUUCACAGAUAAGGAGUUGGAGUUGUUAGUGGAUUCUGUGUCAAAGCAUGGGCCACAAAUCUGUGGCGUACAGUCUGCGAAGACCACGAAAGCAGAGAAAAGUAAAAUAUGGGCGGAGAUCCAAGCCACGGUCAAUGCCAAGGGUGGCAAUAACAGAUCCAUUGCAGACUUGAAAAAAGAGUGGAAUGCACUUAAAAAGCAUACCAAGGACAAAAUAUUGAAAAACAAAAAAGAAAGCAAUGCAGAUAAUUCUGUAGAGGCUGACCCUACCAAGGAUCUGUCGAACCUAGAGAAACUUGUGGAGGCUAUGAUACAGCUUCAGGAACAGGAAGGAAUCCCUGACACUGAAGAUGAUCUACAAGAUGAUAUAAAUGGAGGAACUGCCGACAAGCCGAAAUUUACUGAUGAUGAGCUGAAUAUUUUAGUGGAUAACAUUGCCAAACUAGGGCUGCAGCUCUUUGGAAGCCAAACAAGCCCAGCAGAUAAGGAUAAAAUGUGGGCGGACAUCCAAAAGCAGCUAAAUGCUGUGGGGGGCAAAAACAGGUCAAUUGAGGAGAUUAAAAAAGCUUGGAAUAAACUCAAAAAGCAAACAAAGAAAAAAGUAGAGCACAACAAGACUCAGAAGUUACUGGAAAGCAAAGGACAAGAAGCCAACUACAUUGAGCUAACACGCAUAGAGAAGCGGGUAGAAGUUAUGUUACAAAACAAACAAGUCUUUUCUGAAGACUUCCAUGAGGAGCCUGAUGAAGCGGAAGAGUGGAUUGUUGCCAAUCCAGAACUCACUGACAAAACAAGGUUCACCAUUGCUGGCCUCCCUACUGGAUCCAAGAUCUUUGUAAGAGUGAAAGCUGUAAAUGCUGCCGGUCAAAGUGAGCAUAGAUUACACCCAAAUCCGAUCCUGGUAAAGGAAGUUAUAGUGCCUCCAAAGAUCCGCCUUCCACGGCACUUAAAGCAAACCUACAUCCGAAAAGUAGGAGAGGCUGUAAACCUUGUAAUACCGUUCCAGGGUAAACCCAGACCUAAGGUGUCUUGGAAAAAGAAUGGAUCACAUGUGGACAAGACACAAAUAAGUAUUCGCAACAGUGAAUGCGAUACCAUCAUCUUCAUCCGUAAAGCAGAGAGAAGUCAUUCUGGAAAAUAUGAUUUGAAGGUGAAAGUUGAAAACCUCCAAGAUAAGGCAUCAAUUUACAUUCAGAUUGUUGAUCGACCUGGACCUCCAGACUCAGUAGUAAUUGAAGAUGUCUGGGGAGAAAAUGUUGCAUUAGAAUGGAAGCCACCAACAGACAAUGGCAAUGCGGCUAUCACAGGAUACACCAUUCAGAAGGCUGAUAAAAAAACAAUGGAAUGGUUUACAGUUCUGGAGCACUACCACAGAACGAGUGCAACCAUUUCUGAUCUUGUGAUAGGAAAUGAAUACUACUUCCGAGUAUUCUCUGAAAAUAUGUGUGGCCUCAGCGAGACAGCGACAAAGACACCAAACAGUGCACUUAUUGAGAAGGAAGGAAAACCUUAUAAGCGUCCAGAAUACAACGAUUUUGACUUCACAGAACCACCACAAUUCACACACCCCUUAAUUAAUACAGUAGCCAUUGCUGGAUACAAUGCUACAUUGAACUGCAGCGUACGUGGAAAUCCAAAGCCUAAAAUUACCUGGAUGAAAAAUAAGGUGGUUAUAAUGAAUGAUCCACGAUACAGAAUGUUUAGUAACCAAAGUGUAUGUACCAUGGAGAUACGUAAGCCAAGCCCAUAUGAUGGUGGCACAUACACCUGCAAGGCCGUCAAUGAUCUCGGUGAGGCUGAGGUUGAGUGCAAACUUGAAGUGAAAGGGUCAAUAGGCGGAGAACCAUUCGACUUAUGGAAACAGAAGCAGUUGCACAAUAAGGAUUAUUGAAUGUGUAUUGUCAUCUAAGGUGGAGUGACAUUUUACCGCCUUCUAAUGCAAGGUGUGCCUCUGUCUGUCAUCGACUCUUAUUUGCGAGAGCUGGAUGCAAGUAAGCAGGAGAGAGCGUGAGCAAGUCCAGUCAGCUGCUUUCCUACUGCAUCAAUCUAGACAUCAGCGUGAACGUGUUUGAGCCUGAAGCCGCAUUUAUAGAAAUGUAGUCAAUUUCUGUCUGCUGUUUUUCUCUGCUGCAUACAAUUGUGAUUAUUGCAUGGGUUGGUCUAGGGAGGGAUGGAUGAGCUUAAAGCUUGGUUUGGGGCUUUUUUACAUCAAGACAGUACCGAUCAUUGGUACCCUUACUUGGAGCAGCACAACACUUGACUUGUUGGUAUGGACUGAACUGCUUACAUAACAUUGAUAGAUUAUGCUAGAUCAGUUUUCUUUCUCCGAAAAAAACUAAUUACUCCAGUAUUUCAUUUAAUUUGAUAUUAGACUCGCUGAUCACUGCUUAUUAAUGUGAUACUGCUGGUAAAAAGUUGGAAGCAAAUUGUGUAAUUCAAGCAAUGUACAAUAGAUAAGAACACUUUCCAUGUUU